ACUCAGCGGCCAGUUGCUGAGUUGUCAUCUGUCAAACCUGUCAGUGUCUCAAUUUAAAGGGACAACUGUACGUAAAUGGACUCAUGUUUCUGACCCAGUACCUAAGCUUUGAAGUGCUUUUGCAUUCCAAGAUAACCUCAUUCGUCACUCAAUCAAAAUGCUAAGCAGAGUACGGUUCAUUUCCUCUGUCCUGAGCCACAUCAGGGUGGAGAGAGUAAAUUACUUGGCUAGGCCUCUUGGUGUCGUUGUCAAGGCAUUACCUGCCAUCAGAUUCACAAAACCUCUGGCCCUGUGCUCAGGAACACUUGUUGUUUAUGCUGCAUCACCUGAUACAAAACAAAUUACCCUCCCAUCACUAAAGGAUGUUGCAGUUGUAGUGAAGAAGGCCGACAUUCUUUUCGAAGAAAACAAGUUACAAGAUAUUUUGGAUUUGCUGAGACCUUACAAGCAUCUCAAUAACGAAGAAAUCUCUUGGAGGAUAAGCAGAGCUUCGUACCUGCUUUCUAAAUCGAAAACCCUCACUAAAGCCGAGCGGGAUGCCCUAAUCGAAGAAUCUUAUGACAUGGCAAAAAUGACGCUGCAGCUCAAUGAAAAUAGUGCCUUAGGUCAUAAAUGGAUGUCGAUUGCCCUUGAUGCCUACAAUGCAAUUCAGGGAUUUCGAACACGUUGUACCUCACUUGUUUCUGUCAAGGACCACAUGCUGAAGUCUAUUGAAUUAGAUCCGUCUGAUGCAACAGUUAUAUACAUGGUCGGAAUGUGGUAUUACUCCAUCGCAGAACUUGCGUGGUAUCAAAGGAAGGUGCUUCAAGCAAUUGCAGGAAAACCUCCUUCAGCAACAUAUGAAGAGGCCUUGCAUUUCUUUAAAAAGGCCGAAGAAACGUCACCUAAUUUUUAUAGCUUGAACCUUCUUAUGCUUGGAAAAUGCCACCUGAAACUGGGAGACCCGGAUACUGCCAUUGACUAUCUACAGAGAGCCAUGAACUACCCUAAAUUUACAGAAGAUGACCAUCAGGCCCAUCAAGAAGCAUCAGAACUUCUCAAAUCUUUGAAAACAAGAUAAGAAGAUCAUCUCAAAAAACUUUUCACCAUUGGACGUUUUGCUACACCUCAUUAUUAAACAACUUCUUGUGAUUUUCUUGUUGAUAGGCACCUAUGAGCACACCAUCAAAUGUUUCCAUGCCAUUCCAUUACUUUAAGGUAUUUUUGUACUUGGUUUCUAUAUUUGUUUUUACCUUAUUUAAAAUAAAAUUAUU